GGUCUGGCAAUACUCCUGUCGUGUAUUAUGUACCAACAUCCUGUGACUGCUCUUGGAAUUGUAGGAAUAAUUAUUGUAUUUAUUUCUAUAUUUUUACGAAUUUACUGUAAUCAACGUAUUAGGGCCCUCCGCAAACGAGCUCAAAUUGCUAGCUCCAUCAAAGAAUAAAGAAAAUUAAUUGUUAGUGUUUCUCUGCCAUUUAUUCAAUGAAGGGAAAUAAAUUAUUUUAAUUUUGUAUUUAAUAAUAUUCUAUUGUAUAUAUUAAUUUGUAAUGAUACUGUGAUGUCCAGAUAAUAGGAAACAUUUUAAAUGUAACAUAAAAGAAAUCUUUUAUGAACAUGUUUUGUGAUUGACUACCUGUCCUAUUAAAUUUCCUCUGGAUCCAGCCUUAAAGGUAAACGGUUGACAUAAAAGUUUGGGGAAGUAUUUUGAAACAUCCUAUGUAGUAGCGGUUUGAUAAUAGAGUAGUUUGUGGUUUUUAUUUUUAAUGUAGUAAUUCUUUGAAUUGUUAAAUUUUCUUUUAACUACAUUAUUUUCAUUUAGUUUUCAAUUGUCUUAAUUCUUUGUGAACAGGAUGCCUAGCUUGUAUAUUUCUAAGGGAAUAUGGAAGAAAUUGCAUUGUCAAAAAUAUGUUGUUUAGUAUGAAAUCAUGACAAUAGUGAAGUACUUAAUAAGAAAACUGCCACUACUCAAUUCACUUAUGCAUGGUUAUAGUCAAGAGGGGGAGGGCUGUAAAGUAUAAUCAACACACAUUUUUACUUUUUCGAAUACUGUCAUGUAGAAUAAAGAAAGUAUUGUAAAGCUGCUGGAAAAAGUGCCAAUUUUCAACAGAAAUCCAUAUUUUGUGGGUCCUUGAAAAAUCAAUAAUGGUCUUUAGUAAAACAUCUGUAUGUUUGUACCGCCUAUGGAGAACUCCAAUUUACUGAAUUUUCUCUAAAAAGGAUAUUUCCUGGCCAAUGUCACCUCACUUCAUGCAUUAUGAAUUUAAAAUAAUAUUUGAAAAAUGUCUCCCACUUCAUUAAUAUUACAAUAGAAGUAGGUUUUUAUAUUUUUUGGUGUAGUCACUUUUUUGACCAUGUGGUCCUUUUGUUGACCCACCCACUUCAGCUUUCGUAAUCUCUGCAGGUUCCUGGGGCAUUCUGCUCCAUCACCCUUCCCAAAUUUUUUUUAUGAUGCCAGGAUGGAGCUCUCUCCCUCCUUGGCUGCCAGAUAGCCUGUUGGCUUAUCUCAGCCAAUUUUAAGGCUAUUGUUUUGCCUCUAGGCACAUGUCUCUUGAGUGUAACCAGUUCUAUGGUAGAGUACCAAGUCUGAAACAGGAAUUUGAGAGGUGAUAUGUGGUGAGUGAGGGUGCCCCACCAUGCCACAACACACUAUGUCCAUAUAUUAGGCAGAGUUUGAACCCACAGCCUGAAUGUAUUGCGUACUUGGUGCCUGAAGCAUUAGUUCCCUGUGCCACAGAGACUGGCCAGGAAUGGAGGAAGGUGAUGAAUGGUACUUGGGAAAGCUCACUGCUACAACACACAAGCAAACAUCUGUCAGAUACAGGGCUAGAGCCCACUACCCUUCAAGCAUGGACGGUCAAGAUGCAUUUGCCUUAAUGACUCAGGAAUCCAGGGCAGCUUGUAUUCAAUGCAUUUGUAAGGAUAAUUGCUUGAAACAAUAUCUUUUUAAGUUUCUUGAAAUAUCAAAAUUUUUCAGGUGUAAAGGAGCUUAAAAUUGCAUAUUUUUGAAAACAUUCAACAUUAUUUCAUGACUCAAUGAAGAUUUCUGAAAAUCUACUUAAGUUUUUCUCUGAGAAGUUCAAUAUAAAAAGAUAGUUUGCUCUCCUAUGAUAUUUUAACAUUUCUAUUAGAUCAAAAAUAUGGGGGAAAAACAAGUUUUUGAUUUAACAUUAUUUCCUCAAAAUAAAUAUUACAGCUAAGAAAAUAAACCAUGGUGUUAAUUAAAACUCUGUAAAUAUUUUAUUCUAUAUCAUUUUCUGUAAAGUUAUUUAAUUUUAAAAAAUAUGACAAAUGAGUGUGUGACAGAUAGUUGUCAUAGGUAAAGAAACAUGGGGCUAUUGCAUGGUGUCAAUUGUCAUUGAGGUACAUGAUUUUAAUGUUGUGUAACAUAUUAUGGGUUACAUAUGCAUCAAAUAGGUUAAUUUUCCUUAAAUUGCUAUAAUUUUUUUUUAAUUAUGAUUAUUUUACAAGAGUUUAAUAAGGUCACAAAUAGUAUAGUCAGGUCAGCCAGUUUUGUAGCACAGGUUAGGGAGGGUGUCCCAAGUAUGUGAGCAUUAAGGUUGUGGGUUUGGAAUCUGCAUAAGGUGUGUAUACUGCUACACAAGAAAUCUGUAUUGCUCCUCAGAAUGUUUGCUACUGAAAGAAGUACUAUUUAUGCCUACUAAGACUAUGAAGAAACUUGGUAUGUUAAUUUGGUCUUAAUUUUUAAUGUAAGAAAAUCCAUCUCUUACGAUAGUGUUUUUUUAAUGUGUAUUAUGACCACAAUAUGCCUAAUAUUAAAGAUAAAUGCCAUAUUUUAUUGAAUAUAACCCCCACUCCUCAGGGUUUGUGAUGAACAUUUCUGGAAAUUUCAGUAAUUUUAAAAUUUUGUACAGUUUUGGUCAUAAUAAUGUUCUUUAAAAACGGCUCAUUUGUGGCAAUUUUGAUCAGCGGGUUAUAAGUUCAGGUGGGAUAUUGGAAAUAUGUUUGUAACAUUGUUCGGAAAAUUAUAUUACUUCAUAUUAAAGUUCUCGCCAUUUUGGGGGAGGGUAGAAAAAGUGCUUAUAUUUGAUAAAAUAUGGUAUUACUUGUUUCAUACAAUUUUAUAUUUAUUGUUCAUUUUUUGGAAAAGUAGUGCAUUUAUUUCAGAAAAUAUGGUAUCAUUUAUUUCAAAGGAAUUUAUAUUUAUAUUGUUCAAAUCCUGGACUUGUGAUUUUUAAAUAAGUUUCCAGAAACGUGAUGCUUUCCCAAGAGACUUUUCCUAAUUCCUAGUAAACUUCUCUUUUCCUAGUAAAUUCAUUUGCCAUUGCCCAUUUUCCCUGUUUCAACUGAAGGUUUCUAGAAUUUGUAAACUGAUAUCUUCAUAUAUUAUCUUAAGGAGAAUGAUAAUCCUGCAAUGAAAUUGUAAAUAAUGCUGGAAACAUUACUUUUUUUAAUGCAUGGGGACAUACAUAGUCAUUAAAAUGUUGGGUUCUUUCAUUUGAGCGUUAAAGUGACAAAAAUGUUGAGUUCAUUACGGUGACAAUGGGACACGUUCGAGAAGCAUGCCCUAGUCUGUUUUCUGCAAGCUCUCAUAUUAAUCCAGCAAAUUAAAAAAAGGAAAAAACGUAACUUAAAUAUUCUUAUUUAUGACCCAUAAAAGUGACAAGCCAUGAUUUCACAUUAUAAUACAGACACACAAUUUGUCUGUGAUCAUUCAUUUAAUUUUUAAACCACAAACCACUUUCUAUUUACACCAAAAUAUAAGGUAAAAAUCAAGCGAGCACUGAUGAUUUGGAGAAUCAGAAUUACAAUACUGAUAAUAUUCUUCCAUUCAUUCAAUUGUACAAUUGCAUUGUAUUGAGAACGACGAUAACAGGAACUACUGUAUUAUACACAACUGUAUUGUUUACUAGAUUUCAAAUUAUUGUACUUUACUACACUAUCAUUUACAUGCUUAUAAAUACACAAACAAGCAACAGAUAAAUUUAUAUAUCAAAUAUAAUUAAUUAUUAUUUAUUUCUUCACUAUAUCUUGAACUUCUGUACUUUCUUUAUACAUGAACUACUUCAGAUACCAAGAAAUAUUCAUAUAUUAUAAUUGCCUCUAAUAAUGUGCCAUAAGUUAACACAUUAAGUGCUUUAUCACAUAUUGAAUAUAUUUUUCAUUCGAAACUUAGUCACAUUAACUUACAUUCUCUUUUCUUUAAGGUAAGGUUGUAUAAAUCUUUCUAAAACAUAUCUUAAAAACACUUAUAUGAAAAACAAUCAAUUCAAUUGUUUUAAAAAAAACCUGUACCUGUAGAGUUAAUUUAUCUCCUUCUACAUUACAGUUAAUAUGAAUUACAAAAUAUUCAACAUUUUAAUUUUAUAAAACCAAACAAAAUUUUAAAAAAUUGAGAACAAUGUGCAGUUUUUCAAUAUAUCAAAUUAUUUGUUAUUUUUUUGCAUUACAAAUACUUGUGCAAAAUCAUCAUACUCAUAUGUUCGUUUUAGAAAAGUAUCUGUGAACCGUACACCAGAUACAUUUUGUAAACCUGCUUCAAUAGGGAUAAGAUUUAAUUUAAAAAGCAGAGAUGCACCAGGUUCAAUUUUGGAUUGUUGUUUUCCAGAAACUCCACUCCAAACAAGGCCUGAGUUAUUACUGUGUUCCAACUCCAAGACUAGAUCCACUGAUCUCUCACAUGUAUUUAUUACUUUAAAAACUAUAACAAACACUUCUUCCAAAUAAACUAUAUUUGGAAUUUCUUGGAUUGACAGUCUUAUAUCACCAUAGUCGGGAGCCAUUCGCUGCAACUGACUAGUUUGCAAACGACCUCUUCCUCCUAAAUUUGAACGCCAUACUAUGUCCAAUUUUCCUACAUUUGUAGCACCACUUAAAAGACGAAGAUCAGAUGUCAGAGCAGCUUGAGGAGCCAAACAGUACAGGAAUUGACGACUUGCAUGAGGUUGAAGAACAUUAACAUGACCAAAGAUAGAUUCGCCACUGGCAGCUGAAUUCAAUGCAGUAACACUGAAUAAGUGAGACGACUCCAAUGUCACUUUCUCAAGACAGAUGGGCCCAGAUGUAAUAUUCUGAACUUGAGCUUCUAAGUAUACUUCAUCAGAUUCAGCAUUAUAAAAUUUUGUUUUCACAUCCAAUGGUUCCAAUACUUGAAACUUGAAAAAUUUACGAAAAGACAACCUAAUGUUUGCAGUAGUUACAUAGCUUACUUCACACACAAGAAUGUGGACUCCAACUUCAGUGACCUCAUGAUGAAUAACAUCAUCGAGAGUCUGUUGAGGAUGAAGUUCUACAGUUUGAGGUUCUGAGGUGCUAGACAGAAGAAGACGCUGUGUGCUUGUUUGCAAAUCUGCUUUCAAAGAAACAUGUUUUGCAAUCUGGUUACUGUCAUUGUGCACACAAAUGCAACUGGAAAAGGUUUCUCCCAAAUAAAUAUUCCCAAAACUUUGUGGGAGCAACAUAAACUGACCAGAUAUUAGGGUUUCCACAGAGGGCACAGCUGUAAUAUCCUGUUUUAGAUCAUUAUUUAAUAAAUUAUUCGGCAAGUCUCUGCUGUCACUCGUGACUAUAACUGGACAGCAAAGGGUAGGUCUAGUAAGGCGCAUAACUUUCAAAGCAAGAAGAUGCUCAGCUUUUUCUUUUCCUUCCAUUUCUUGACGAUCUUUACAGUCGAAUGUUUGUGUUUAAGGCCGAAAUGGGCGUCGCUACCAGGAAACACGAAUGUACAUUUCAAUUUCUAUAGAAAUUCGCAUCCUAUUACUCACUAUUGGUAGGUUCAACAACUGUCACAUUUAGGUCACAUGUUAUGUCUUGUCAACGAUGACGUUCAGAUACUGAACUUCAGGAUGAAAUUCAGACCAAGAGAUGAUUGGUUUUAGGGUAUCACGGCAGGUUCCACAUCCACUCACACGUAGGAGAGGUCCGAAGAGUCAGAACAUCCGGAUACGCACGCAGGAUGUGCAGGAUGUGUCAAAUUCUGUGACCUGCUGUGACCGAAUAUACCGAAAGACCGAGUAUACCGCUUCUUCAUAUCACGAUUCUCAUACACUGCUUCUCAUUCAUCGCAGAACGUUUAUUCAUACAUUCACGAUGUAAGAGAUUUCCCAGAAACCGCAAGUCUUCAUGUUGUAAGAAAUUUUCGCCGUACCUCAGCUCUUCUCCGUUAUCAUAACGAACGAGAGAGAAUCGGCACACUCCAGC